AUGGUCUUUGACUCAAUUGACAUAAAAGCAGUCAGGAAAGCUCUUGAUAGUCAAGGAGUUUUUAGUGAGUACAUGAAGAUUUUUGGCGAAGUGCACAAAAAUUUCACAACUAAGGUAUCACAGUUCUACAACGAUAUUAACAUUGACGUUAAAAGAGGAGCUAGGAAAGCUCUUGAUAGUCAAGGAGUUUUUAGUGAGUACAUGAAGAUUUUUGGCGAAGUGCACAAAAAUUUCACAACUAAGGUAUCACAGUUCUACAACGAUAUUAACAUUGACGUUAAAAGAGGAGCUAGGUAA